AGAAUUCCAAAGAUUGAGUUAGGCGAAAAGAAAAAUCGAAAAAUAGACGCAUUUCCCAAACCAAAGAAAAAAAUGACAAAAUUUGACGUCCAACCCGGUACCUUGUAACGGUCGACCCAACGGGUGCGUGCGUCUCAUUUUUCUCACCGAGCCAGGUCAAAAUGGGACAACAUUGCAUGGCACUCAUGCUCUCUCCGGGCUAAAUUUGAAUUCUGAACCUUUCUUAGAUUAAUCGGUGCUACAAGGUUCUUAUUGCUUGCUCUUCUCAACCCAUUUUCCCCCGAGUCUCACUCCUACACUCAGUUAGGCUAAAAAAUUAUUAAUUUUGAACUUCUAGCCUUUAGAUGAGGAUUGUGAUAUACACUUCAUUGGUUUAAGAGAGAACCAAUACCUAAAAGAAAAAAUGAGGAAUAAACUAAUAAUUAUGAUGUUAUUAAAAAUUAAAAAUUUAGCAAAGUCACACAUAUGACAAUUUGCCUCAAACAGUAAACCUUAAAAUAAAAGAGAAAAAUGAAGAAACUGAACUUUUAUACACGCAACCAUCUUCCUAACUAAAAACAAUAAUAUAAUAAUUAGUUUUAACCGAAUGCUUUUGAUGGAUAUAAGAUUCUUCCAUUGACAAACCGAAAUGCCAAUUGCUUUUGAUGGAUAUACGAUCCUUCUAUUAGCAAAGCAAACGAUCAGAAUUAAUUUGAAACAGAUUGCUCGACGGAGGAGCUUUGGAGCUAAAGCCGAGAGGUAAUUAUCGAGCAUGGACAUAAUUCACUCUUCAGUGAAUCUUGAACAGUAUUCAUGGAGAAUUGGAGAUGGAUACAUUUCGCGCUUCUCUCUGCAUUCAUCGAGCGUCCAGCCUACCAGGAACAAAAGUUUUGAGGCCCACAAAAGCAUUCAGCCCAUGAAUAUGAACGCAAAAAAGAAACACAAUAAAAGAGCAAAAGCCCACAAAAGCAUUCAGGCAGGGGGUGCUUGCCCAGAAUCUCUUUAUAUGCUUAUUGCUAACUUACUUGGGCAGGGCAGGUUUUAGGUUUCAUUAAAUCGGCUGCGGGAUUCCUUUGCCCAUCGAAUCAUCGAUUGUCUUCAUAUAAUACUCGCACGCACUCGGAGAAUUUUUCUUCUCGUUCUCAGCCUUUCAUCUGCCGCCGCCGACCGCUGUUCAUCGAUCCAUGGCUAAUCAGAAGAAACCCGAAUGGCCGAAGCUCCGGUACGGGGAUGGCGAGUGCGCACGCUGCCGGGAACUCGAUAAGCUGAAGCUGAAACCCAAGCCCGAUGACCUCGAUUAUAUAUACGAGGAUGACGAUUUCGAGGGCGACGAAGAACUGAUGCUGAGGGUCAUCCAUUACAGGAGGAAGUGUGAGGUGACCGGUCGAUUCGAUGUUGAUUGCCCUCCUCCAACAUCACAUUGUGCUUCAAUUUACCCUCGAGAGCAUUAUUCUAUGUGCGUUAGGGACUAUGAAAAGCGGCUUAAGAUGAGUGUAAAAUUCGCGAUCGACACAUACAAUCAACACAAGGGUCAGAACUUGAUCCUACUCGGCAUUUUGAACGUAUGCAUCCAGCCUGCUUCUCGAUAUUACAUAUUCUAUGUAACUUUCGAAGGCUUCAAUGAGUCGGAUGAGAAGAGUGCGAGGAAGAGUUACGUCGAGACUUACCAAACAGUCGUGUCUUGUGCAUGUUGGAUGUUUGGCAAGUAUGAAGUUUGCACCUUCAGGAAGUGUAGUAACUCAACCGGCAGAGGCGUAUCUCCUUUCGUAGAUGAGGAUUUGUUACCACCUAAUUCCUAUUACGAAGAAAGCACAAGGGUAAAGAAAGAGUUGAUGUGGACCUUGGCUUGAAAAAUCGGAAGAAAUAACGCUUUCAGAGCUAGCUGCUCUACUGAUGAGUAAUACUAUGGUUUUGUCUAUGCGUACUGGUUAUCUUUUGAUAAGAUAAGUGGAGAUCUUAGAGCCAGUGGCGGAUCCAGAAUAGGGUGGAGCACUGAGUCACAUUAGAAAAAAGGCGAAAAGUACUCGGCCGUAACUCCAACAAACACAAUAAUAAAUACCGGAAAUCGAAAAUUUACAAGGACAUAAUAGCUAUGGAUCUAGGGGAGGGCUGGGCCAUGCCCCCCCCCCCCCCUCCCGAUCCGCCGCUGGUUAGAGCUGUUGUCUCUCUAUGAGAAGAAAAUAGGUCAGUACUGAAACUAGUGGCGACUGACUGAGGUCCUUCAAAUUUUUAAGACGUUUUAGUAUCUAAUGAACUUUAAGUUGAUUAGUGUCAUUACAUAAUCUAACAUCAACAAAAGUAUGGGGUGCUAAAUACUAAGAAUCAUACUAAACCCUACAUAUCUAAAGGGUUUUGUUACCCCAUUUUUCCCAAGUGGGGUCCUAGUACCCCUCUCGCUGAAACUAUCAAGUAGAGACAUUUGUUGUCAACUACACUUUCUCCUGUAUGGUUCAACUUCUACAACUUAUUUAAUACUAGCAAGGAAGCCAGCACUACGCGGCGGGCUGUGAAUUUCGUCAUAGAUAAUCACAGUUAUGGCACCUUCCAUCAGUCUCAACCCUCUGUUUUUCUUCUAGGAGCUCUCGUAAAUUAGCACCAACACUCAACAAAAAAAAAAAUUAUGAGUGGAGCAUCAAUAACCCUCCAAGUACCUCUGUUCACAACCCUUGCAAUGACAUGGCAAGUUUCAAGUUAGCUUGGUCUUUCUCCUCUAACGUUUGAUAAACCCGAGUGGUGGAGACUGGAGACCCAAUUCAAUAACACAAAACUGGAUAAAAAAGAUGGUGUGACCAAAUUAAUUAAUAAAAAGCCGUGAAAGAGUUGUACGAUCGUCAUAGAGAAGAACGAUCACAAUAAAUAAAUGUUCGAUCCACAUUUGGAUGCCUUGGUAGCUAGUGUCUCAUAUGAGAGUGGAAGCUCUCUCUCAAAACCGUGCUUCGUGGUCCUGCAAACAAACAAAUAACAUGCUUUACUUAAGCCUCAUCUUCAUACACAAUCGCUUAAUCGGCCAAAAAAAGGGCAACUAGUUUGAGAGCAUUAAACUGAAAUUGAAAACACCACAACAACCAACUGAAAAAAAUGAAAAGUGUUGCGGUUGGUAUCUGGAAAUUCUAGUAAAGAGAUGCCUCAUUGUUAGGGAUGGCAUUUAUAGCCGUAACCGCGGGUAUUCGACCCUACCCAACUCGGUCAAUGAGGGGAAUCUCCGCAUUGACUGGGUAUGGGGCGGAUACAGAUAAUACCCACAAAGAAGUUUGUGGGUAUGGGCGGGGAUGGAUUUGAGUGCCUCCGCCCCAUACCCAUACCCAUAUUCGCCUCAUCAUUACAUAUGUCAUAUAUUAUAAACUAUAAUUAUUGUAACGUAGGAGUUGUAGUUGGCAAUUUUUAUGUUCUUUCAUCAUUAAUAUACUUUUUUUGGUAUAAUGAUUAAGGGCUAAUACCACUAGGAAACCCGAACUAUUAACUUUGUGUCAUUUGUGUCCUAAAGUAUUCGAUAUGACAUUUGUGUCCUAAACUAUUUUUCCGUUAGAGUUGACUAGCGUUGACCGUUAGUUUUUAAACAGAAAAUCUAGUCAGUGUUUAUGUGGCAUCUGACAUGGACAUUCUGUUAUUAAUUUUUCAUAAAAAAAUAAAUAAACUAACAGAAAUAAAAUAAAAAAAAUCUCUUGGUCUCCUCUCUCCUCACUCGACCCCGCUUACCCUUCAUCUCGCCGCCGCCAUUGUCGGCGAAACCUAGAAAAAAAUUUCUUGCCAUGGGGUGUCUCAACAUAUUCUACGUAACUUUCUAAGGCUUCAAUGAGUCGGAUGAGAAGAGUGCGAGGAAGAGUUACGUCGAGACUUAUCAAACAGUCGUGUCUUGUGCAUGUUGGAUGUUUGGCAAGUAUGAAAUUUGCACCUUCAGGAAGUGUAGUAACUCAACCGGCAGAGGUAUGUGUGCUCAAUUGUUGAAUAUCUUUUUUGUUUUAUUUGGUUUUGUGAAUGAUUUAUGCAGAUGGUUGGUGUCGAUUUAUUCGUAACAAAAGGCGUAUCUCCUUUCGUAGAUGAGGAUUUGUUACCACCUGAUUCCUAUUACGAAGAAAGCACAAGGGUAAAGAAAGAGUUGAUGUGGACCUUAGCUUGAAAAACCGGAAGAAAUAACGCUUUCAGAGCUAGCUGCUCUACUGAUGAGUAAUACUAUGGUUUUUUCUAUGCGUACUGGUGUAUCUAAUGAACUUUAAGUUGAUUAGUGUCAUUACAUAAUCUAACAUCAACAAAAGUAUAGGGUGCUAAAUACAAAGAAUCAUACUAAACUCUACAUAUCUAAAGGGUUUUGUUGCCCCAUUUUUCCCAAGUGGGGUCCUAGUACCCCUCUCGCUGAAACUAUUAAGUAGAUACAUUUGUUGUCAACUACACUUUCUCCUGUAUGGUUCAACUUCUACAACUUAUUUAAUACUAGCACGGAAGCCGGCGCUACGCGCCGGGCUGUGAAUUUCGUCAUAGAUAAUCACAGUUAUGGUACCAUCCAUCAGUCUCAACCCUCUGUUUUUCUUCCAGGAGCUCUCGUAAAUUAGCACCAACACUCAACAAAGAAACAAAUUAUGAGUGGAGCACCAAUAACCCUCCAAGUACCUCUGUUCACAACCCUUGCAAUGACAUGACAAGUUUCAAGUUAGCUUGGUCUUUCUCCUCUAACGUUUGAUAAACCCGAGUGGUGGAGACUGGAGACCCAAUUCAAUAACACAAAACUGGAUAAAAUAGAUGGUUUGACCAAAUUAAUUAACCAAAAGCUGUGAAAGAGUUGUACGAUUGUCAUAGAGAAGAACGACCACAAUAAAUAAAUGUUUGAUCCACAUUUGGAUGCCUUGGUAGCUGGUGUCACAUAUGAGAGUGGAAGAUCUCUCUCAAAACCUUGCUUCGUGGUCCCUGCAAACAAACAAAUAACAUGCUUUACUUAAGUCUCAUCUUCAUGCACAAUCGCUUAAUCGGCCAAAAAAGGGUAAUUAGUUUGAGAGCAUUAAACUGAAAUUGAAAACACCACAACAACAAACUGAAAAAGAAUGAAAAGUGUUGCGGUUGGUAUCUGGAAAUUCUAGAAAAGAGAUGCCUCAUUGUUAAGGAUGACAUUUAUAGCCGUAACCGUGGGUAUUCGACCCUACCCAACUCGGUCAAUGAGGGGAGUCUCCGCAUUGACUGGGUAUGGGGCGGAUACGGAUAAUACCCGCAAAGAAGUUUGUGGGUAAUGGGUGGGGAUGGAUUUGAGUACCUCCGCCCCUUACCCAUAAACUCGACCCAUUGCCAUCCCUACUCAUUGUUUCAUAUCUUAAUAAUGAUCAUAAGAACGAGGGCACUGACAGUAGGGUGUUAGCAUCUCUCUAGUUUGUUCAUGAUUAUUAUAUAGAGUCAUUAUAGAUUAAUUAAGUCAUUAAAUCGUCAUGUUUAUUAAAGAUACAUGACGAUU